AUGCUAGAGCUUGCACGAAUUGCAGCAUCUAUGUCCUAUACAGAUGAGCUGACCUUUGAAGGGAAACUUUCCUUUAUAGAAGACCUCCGUAUUCUUUGCUCUCGCAAAGAAGAUAUGAUCUAUCUUCCUAAUAAAGAGCUAAUUAAGGGUCUUCUUGCGAAAAGUAAGAGAAGCGCCUAUAUUCACGAUUGCGUUCGACGUGAGAGAGGACUCUUACUUCAAGUUCCCGAAUCGUCGCUGCGCUAUUGCUACGAGUGCCUAAAGUGGUUUGAGAACCAGCACUGCGAAGUUGUCAAGUACCGCAACACAGUGAUUCGCCCCGCUUACUGCCCUUUCUGUUUGUGGGACCAUCAAAAGCUAGCCAAAGAUCGUUUACAGUAUUGGACGCGUAGCGAUAAUCUACGAGAGCAUAUCGAAAAUCAACAUAUGCAGGAAAUCUCGUGGCCACCAAAGGCGUCGAUUUGCGGAUGCUCUCAAGCAUUCGAGAAUCAACGCGAACUCAGGCAUUACCUGCAUGACGUGCACGGGCUCAAUGAUACCAUUUGGAGAAAUCCAAAGCCAUCGAGAAAGAGAAAAGCAGCCGACGGCAAUAUUGCCGUGAAGUUCGAAGAAAACGGUGCAAAGAAGCUACGAUUUUAUCGCUAUCCACACCGGCGCCAAGGAGAUAAUUCCUUGAUUUCAAGUGACAUAUUUGUCCCGAUCCUGGCCGCCACAUGCUUUAUCAUAGAAUCGCCCCAAGAGAAUUAUUGCUCGAGCAAUAGCGAAAGUUACUUAUCAGGUGCCAGAUGCGGCUCCGUGGCAACUCAUUCAUCCACGGCAAACACGGCAAAUUCUCAAUCUAGCUCACUGCCGACAACUCCCGGAUUUGAAGUUAUUGACCCAGAAAUCUUGGACCUCUGA